AUGGAACCUAAAUCAUCAUCAUCAUCAUCUAAAUAUCAUCAAACAACUAUGAACAUAUGGAAAGAAGAAUUUGAAACAUUUUCCAAUGAUUUUAUUCGUUCGAUUCAAGCAUUUUGUAGUGUACAUUAUCGAAAUGAUUGUGAACAAGAUUGUUAUCUUGGUUAUAUUAUACAAACAAAACAAAAACGAACAUAUAUUUUUGGUGAAACAUUAUGUCGAUGGCUUUCAUUAAAAUAUGAUUCAUAUGAACCACAAGAAUUAUGUACAUUAAAUGGAAAAAUUAUCAAACAAGUUGAUUAUGGACUUGAUUUUUUUGUCAUUCUUACCACUGAUGGAUGUGUUUAUUUGGCCAGUUCAGAUCCAUAUUGGGAAACUGAUCGAAAAUUAAAAUGGAUCGAUACCGGUUCUGUUAAUAUUGAAAAUAUUGCCUGUGGACAUGAACAUUUACUUUUAUUACGUUCCGAUCGACGAUUAAUGGCUAUGGGUUGGAAUGGCCUUGGUCAAACAACCGGUACAGCUGAACAUUCACAUCGAUCAUUAGUUUAUACUGGAUUGGAAAAUGUAAGAAAAAUUUCUUGUGGUUGGGCACAUUCAUUAGCAUUAACCGAUACGGGCCGAUUAUAUUCAUGGGGCCUAAAUGAAUCUGGACGUUUAGGAUUGAAUGAUGAAAUGAAUCGUAAUAUACCAAAUUUAAUCGAAUUUGAAUGUGAUUGUCAAAUUAAAGAUUUUGUUGCCGGUGCUGCACAUUCAUUAUUUCUAAUGCAAAAUGGUUACCUAUAUGGUUGCGGUUGGAAUGAUAAUGGUGAACUUGGAUCAACUGAUUUUGAUCAAUUUGAAUUAUCACCAAUACGAUUACCAAUUGAAAAUGUUAAAUCAAUUGCAACCGGUUGGUCAUAUCGUUUUACAAUUGCAUUCACCAAUGAUAAUUGUUGCUAUGUAUGGGGUGAAUUAGGACAAGGCACAAUGGCUACAAUUAAAUUAUAUCAUCCAACAAAAAUUAUACCCGAUCUAUUAUCAUCAUGGUCAUUUUCAUCCAUAUCAUCACUUUAUUUUGAUCCACCAUUAACAUUUGGUUGGUGUCAUCGUAAUAUAAACAAAUUAAAGAUUAAACAAUUAAAUUUUAAUGAUUAUUCACAACGAAUUCAAUGUGAUCCUGAACAUGAUUAUGUUAAUAUGAUGGUUAAACGUUUUUCAAUUACAUCCGAUCAUUCAUUAACAUUUCCUUAGGUUAUAUAAUUAAUAAAUAUCAAUCAAUAAA